GACCUGGUGGAGCGGACGAUCUGUAUAGUAAAAUAAUUGAACUACCAGUGAAGGAAAUCGCGGCUUCUAAGCAGUGCUGUCAGCCGCAAAGCUAUACUUUACUCAAGUGGCAGCCCCCAAAAAGGUCAUUUUUUCUUGUCAUCUAAUAGGAAUAUGAAUAAUAAUCGUCCUUCGCUUGAACGAACAAAACCGCCAGUCGAGAAACAUCAAGCAGCAGUCUUAGCAGCUCAACUCUUCAACCUGCACAUCACAGAUUUGUCUUUUGUCAAAGAGCUCGAUUCUUACGUGGACAGAAAUUUCUAUAUACGGGGAUCCUUGAAUGGGCCACCAGGAUGCCAGGAAUACGUUCUCAAAAUUUUAAAUGACGUAGAAACAAGCCAAGAACACUUUAUAGAGCUUCAGUGUAACAUGAUGUUGUUUCUCCAAGAACGUGGGUACAGAUCCUCCACUCCAGUCAACUCCAUUCUUAAGACGCCCUUUGUAAAGUGCAAAAUCCCCAGAAUCUACCCACCUAGCAUAGUUAACUCAGAGCCUAAUCAUGUUUCCAUGACAACAGACCGAGAUAGUAAUGGUAUCUCUUUGGAGACUGGUACUAGUCCUCUAAGUGUUAAAAAAAAUAGAAAUCUCGUUGAUGGAAUUCAUAUUUAUAACGGCGAUGUAUAUUCUGAUGACGAAUUCCUGGUGUGUGCUGUUCUCCUUCUGAAUUUUGUACCAGGUGAGGUAUUGAAUAAAAUACCGCUAAACACUCAUCUGCUGUUCACUGCUGGAAAGGCCGUGGGCAGCCUGGAUCAAGAUUUAAAGGAUUUUGUCUGUGCUAACCCGAGGCGUCCAGAUUUUAGCUGGGACCUGUUGAGAGUUGACGAGACAAUUGAGCCUUGCCUUGAAGCUGUGACUGAUCCUCAUCGUGUACAAAUGGUGCGAGAAGUUUGUGAAGCUUUUAGGAAAAAUGUGAAACCAAAGUUACAUCUCUUACCCAUGCAAAUCAUCCACGGGGAUCCAAAUUACACCAAUCUUGUAUUUGCUCCCCAUAAUAAGCAAUGUUCACAAUACUCUGUGCAAGAUAUUGGUUUCAUAGACUUUGGACACUCAAACUACAGUUGUAAAGUAUUUGAUCUCGCUAUUCCUCUUAUGUACCUCAUGAAUGUUGAAAGGGCUUUGGCCUGCGGGCGAACUAGAAUGGUGGGACAUUUCUUUGCGGGAUACCACUCAAUAAAUCCCUUAUCUAGCGUGGAGUUGGAGGUCUUGCCCGUGUUAGUAGCGUCAAGGUUUUGUCAGUCAUUAGUAUUUGGCGCUUAUGUGAGCAAGCACGUUGAUCCUGGAAAUGACUAUGUCUUAGAAACAGCCAAAAACGGGUGGAAAGUUUUUGAAGAAUUUUGGAUGACGCCUAAGGAAGAAAUGCUAAAAAUAUGGAUGGAAAUAAGUGAAAACACACGAAAAAACCAUAAUGAACAUUGAAAGCGUGGGCGUGAAGAACAUACCAAUGAAAUUUUUUGGUGACUUUUCAGAAAAUUUGAGUUAUCUUCAUGAUUUUAACAGCCAAUACUUUUUCUACAAUCCAGUGCUAUUCUUACUGAAAUAACAGAGCAAUAGCUCAGCUCUUAACACAAUAAAAUUAAUGCAGACUUCAUCGGAGUGAUCAUAAUUCACUUAUCUUUGUAUAAGCUUUUUUCUCUUUAGCCCGUUAUAGCAAUUCGAUAAUAAGUAAUUCACUCGAAACACCACACUCCGUAGACACCAAAGCGUUUUUAUAUGUUGCUUAAUCCUUGGCAGUUAUGGGAGCUUGGGUACAAGCAAACCACUUUCAUAGUUUUUCUGUCAUCAGCUGUUCCGACUCGCUUCCUACUCACAGGCUAUUUAUUUUGUUUCCUUUCUUUAAUUUUUUUUUCCUUUACCAAAAAAAACUAUACAUAGUCAGUCGUUAAGUAACGCUCGGGUUUUUAGCUAACAAAGAAUACCAAGAACAACAACAACAACAAAAAAAAAGCCUCUCAGUUCAAAAACAGAAAAAAUAAAUAAAUAAAAAGCUUGACAGCAAACCAUCUGCUCACACAUGAAAAAAAAAAAAAAGUCCUACUGAAUUACGUUGUAAAUAUUGAUAUUAAUGGGUGAAGUAAUUAAUUAAGACUAGACAAUAAAUCGACAAAGCCACCUCGUCAGAUACAAUCAAGUUAUCACAUUUACUGCAUAUGCAUUGGAUAUUGCGUGCGGUAUGGCAUGGAGAAAAAAUAACGAUGUUAGUAAGUUCACACAUUUCGUUUCUUUUGCGGCACUCUGUUUUAACGGAGUUAAGACCUUUUUUUUUUCCUUUAUUCAUUUUUGAACAGUGACAUCUUCAGAAGUUUGCUCUGGAAUUGAAGGAGGAAAAAAAAGCGAACUGCUUCCACACGCCCCCCUCCCCAUCUUUUCUCGUUUAUCAUGCGUGUCGUAAAAUACUGAUUUCUACGUGUUUUGGUAAUUUAA